AUGAGAUCAGAGAAUCCCGACGAGGGCUGUUAUCAACUAAAGAAUAAUUUCAAGAGCGCAGGCGAGAUAACAUAUGGCCAAAUGAUUCGCAAGCUCAAAUCCAUGAAUAAAUGUCAAGAUGACCACCGCUCCUUGAGGAAUAACCUCAAAUCAACGGACGGGAAGGAAGGGCUCACCGCUCAAGAAAUCCUCAUCAUGAGGUAUCCUUCGCCUCUCCAGCAUAAAAGCGUUAUGUCAAAAGUACGCCGAAUUCAACUUAAAGAAACCGUGACGGGAAACCAGAAAGUUCGCUUCGGUCCAUUACCGAAACGAAAAGGUUCCCUUGGAAACGUCAGAGUGAACCUUCAGGUCAAAGAAGAUGUCAAAAGGAGACACUUUAUUUUACUUAACGAACCGAAACUCGCGUACAAUCCCGUAAAAGAUGUCCGCACGAUGGGAUCUUGCGUUUUGGAUCUCAAGUGUGCGGAGCAAUUCCAGCGGGAGACAGUAUCGUUCCAGAGCGAGAUUAUAGCCCUGAAUUAUACGGAAUAA